UCAGACAGGAGAACUCAAAGGAGCUGACGACAGUCAUCAAGAUCAGAGAAAAUCUGCUUGAGUUAAAUCCUCCAGGAUCUCAAACCUCCUAAGAUGAAGACAUUCAGCAUUGCAGUUGCAGUGGCCGUCAUGCUCACAUUCAUCUGUGUUCAGAAGAGCUCUGCUGCCCCAAACUCUGAAGGACAUGAUAUGAUGGAGGAAGUAGCUGAGGACAGUUCAGUUGCUGUAAAUCAAAAGUGGAUACCAGUGGAAUCAUGGAAGAUACCGUAUGAAGUCAGACAGAAGCGCCACGCUGCUGCUAAAUGCAGAUUUUGCUGUAACUGCUGUGAUGUGAGCGGUUGUGGUGUCUGCUGUACGUUCUGAGGAGUUCUGGACCAGCCUGGAUCCAUUCAACAAUAACAAGACCUUCACUUGUUGAA